AUGACAGCACACCAAAAUGAAACCACCUCUAUUGAGGUUUCAGACUUUCUCCUGAAUUGUUUUGUCAGGUCAACCAGUUGGCAGCACUGGCUGUCCCUGCCCCUCAGCCUCCUCUUCCUCCUGGCCAUGGGGGCCAAUGGUAUUCUACUAAUCACCAUCUGGCUAGAGACAUCUCUGCACGAACCCAUGUACUACCUGCUCAGCCUGCUCUCACUGCUGGACAUUGUGCUCUGCCUUACUGUCAUCCCCAAGGUCCUGGCCAUCUUCUGGUUUGACCUCAAGCCCAUCAGCUUCUCUGCUUGCUUCCUUCAGAUGUUCAUAAUGAAUUGCUUCUUUGCCAUGGAGUCCUGCACAUUCAUGGUCAUGGCCUAUGACCGCUAUGUAGCCAUCUGCCACCCUCUACGAUACCCAUCCAUCAUCACUGAUCAAUUUGUAGCUAAGGCUGCCAUUUUUAUUUUGGUCAGAAAUGUCCUUCUUACAGUGCCCAUACCCAUUCUCUCCGUCCAACUCCAUUAUUGUGGGAGAACUGUCAUCGAGAACUGCAUCUGUGCCAAUAUGUCAGUCUCCAGGCUCUCCUGUGAUGACAUCACCAUCAAUCGUCUCUACCAAUUUGCUGGAGGCUGGACUCUGCUAGGAUCAGACCUCAUCCUCAUCUUCCUCUCCUACACUUUCAUACUGCGAGCUGUGCUGAGACUCAAGGCAGUGGGUGCCAUGACCAAGGCCCUAAGCACAUGUGGUUCUCACUUCAUCCUUAUCCUCUUCUUCAGUACCAUCCUUCUUGUCUUUGUACUCACUCAUGUGGCUAAGAAGAAGGUCUCCCCUGAUGUUCCAGUCUUGCUCAAUGUCCUUCAUCAUGUCAUCCCUGCAGCCCUCAACCCUAUUGUUUAUGGAGUGCGAACCCAGGAGAUAAAGCAAGGAAUCCAGAGGUUACUGAAGAAAGGAUGGUAA